ACAGCUGUUCCCUCCUUCUCAUCGCCUAUAGCACUUCUCGAACGGCAACCACAAGAUGCGCGGGUUCGUAAGCAUCGCGCUCUGGCUUUGUGCCUCGAAGCUAUCACUGGGCGCACCAGGAUCAAGCUUCAAUACUGUUAAGACGGAAAAUGGAUUGAUUACAGGUCAUCAUUCACCGAAUGUCAAAAAUGUCUGGGAGUACCUGGGGAUUCCAUACGCGCAGCCACCGCUGGGAGACUUGCGAUUUGCAGCACCGCAAAAGUACAAGACCAAGGCACCGUACAAUGCGACCACAUUCGGAUAUGACUGCCCCCAACAAGCUGCCGUUCAACCAUUAUCCUCCGGGUUUACCCCUCAAGCAGCUCGUGUACUGGGCUCUUUUACCGGUGCUGCUGGAACACAACGAAAUGAAGAUUGUCUGACUUUGAACAUUUGGUCAAAACAAAGGGCAAGAUCUUCAAAGGCAGACAAGCCUGUCUUCGUCUUGUUUCAUGGAGGACGUUUCGCUGGUGGCAACACGAAUACGCCGUUCGCAAAUGGUCAAUACCUUGCCAAUUCCGAAGACCUCAUCGUUGUUACGGUCAACUAUCGCUUGAAUGUAUUUGGAUUCCCUGGCGCCCCCGAUGCUGACACAAAUCUUGGAUUGCGAGAUCAGCGCCAUGCUGUUGAAUGGCUACAGAAGAAUAUUGCGGCUUUUGGAGGCAGUCCCAAGAAAAUUGUCAUCGCCGGCCAAUCUUCCGGUGGCGCCGCCGUGGACUGGUGGUCAUAUGCUUACAGGCGAAAUCCCAUCGCUCACGGCCUCAUGUCGACUUCCGGAAAUGCCUUCAGCUUCCCCAUGAAUACGCCUCAGAAACAGAAAGACAACUGGUACCAGCUUUCUGCCUUGCUCGGUUGUGUAGCAAAGAACGAAACACUCAAGUGCAUGCGCGAACAACCGUGGCAAGCAGUUUCAUCCGCCGUAUCCAAGAUUUCUCCUAGCCCAGGGGGAAGCCCGGUUCGAUCAACGCCGCCUUUUUACCCCAUGAUUGACAACAAGAUCAUCUUUGGCGAUUACCUCUCCCUCGCGUCAUUGGGCAGCUUUGCCAAAAUCCCGUAUUUUCAUGGGCACAACAAUUACGAACAAGGCUACUACGUAAUUCCUGCAUUUGCACAAGGUCGCAACGUUACCGAAGAGCAAGCGGCGAAAUUCCUCUUGGAGUCAUUCGUGUGCCCACAUUCCUACGAGGCUAGACAGCGCGUCAAAGCCAAGGUCCCAAAUUGGGUCUAUCGCUACUUUGGUGACUGGAAUAACACCCGGCUCUAUCCAACCAGUGGUGCCUACCACGGCACUGAACUGCACAUGAUUCUCGGUGGCUCACAGGAUGCUAGUGGCCUCCCUGCUUCACAAGCACAGAAAGACACAUCUAAACUCUUCCAGCGAGCGGUUGCCGCGUUUGCUGAUAAUCCAAAGAGGGGUCUGGCCAAAUUCGGGUGGCCUCAAUAUGACCCCAACACGAACAGUUGGAUCGAGAUCGCCGUAGCGAACAAGCCGAAGGCAACGUUUGCCAAACCUGAGAAGUACGAUAAGGCAUGUUCGAAGAUCGUUAUGGGGGCGUUGUCGACUCUGUCUUGAGCAGUCGU